GCACAGAAUGCGGACCAGCCGCUCGCGGAUCAAAUGGAGGAAUUGCGUGAACGGGUUCGAUGUCUAGAUCGACAACUAGCCGCACAUCCUCCACAAGGAGAAGGAGCGCAGGCGAGAGGGGGCACGACUGAACAGUCGACUGAACAGUUGGGGGACACGAAUGCAGCGUUCUUGGGGCGCCAAAAUGAAGAGUUGCGGAAAAGGCUCGAAGAGUCGGAGCGCAAGUGUGCACAGCUCCGGGCGCAGCUCCUGGCGGAGCUCCGGGCGGAGCUUGAGCCUCAGGCGGCGCCGGGUUCUCAACGAUCGACCCCGCUUCUUGCACAGCCUACGGCACAAGUGUCUGCGGACGGUGCUCCGCAACUGUAGAGCAACCCUUUUUGUUCCGUAGAGAAGGGACAAAUACGAAUGCAAGCAGGAGACAACUAGAGAAGCCGAGAGAACAAGAGGCAGGAUCCCUGAUGGUCAUUGGUGAAUGAUAGCGGCAAGAAGAGACGACUGGAGGAAUGGUGGAACCUUAGUCGAAGGCCACAAGAGUCGCAGGCCUUUUCUUAUCAUGAUUGACUUUGUAUUUGAUUUGGCCCGGCCGUUUUAGAUGUUGAAUUUAGAAAGAAGUAAGAAGGCCCUUGGGGUGAGGAUGUCCUCGAGGUGAACGGAUGGCGUGACGCCGUCCUCUUUCUGUGUGUAGAUGGAGUAAAUUGAAAGGUUAACGGUGGAAAGUGAAAAAGCAGCACAUUAACAACGCUGG